CUCAUUCCGCACUUUUUACGGUUUGAAAAAUGGCCUCAAUCGUAUUCUUCUUAGUGGCGAUUGUUCUGUCAUCCUCUCAUCCGGCAAAAGGUCUAGUCUAUCAAACAAGAGACGCCAUCAUUAUCGAAGCCGAUGAUGUCAUAGGAGACCCUAGCCCGUAUCAGUCAGCUAAUUUACCAAGCAAUGCCUUAGGGGUGAAAGAAGGAUCUUGCUUUACGAGGAGUGGGCAUCUCGGCUCCUGCACGACGAUCCGCACUUGCUACCCAACAACGAAAUGGCACGAGCUUAAUCAGCUGGAAACCUGGGCGAUUAUCUCACGUGACACGUGCGUCUAUACCGGAGAAGAAGACAAACAGGUAUCCGGAGUAUGUUGUACGACUCCAUUCGUCAAUGAUGAGGAUAGCAAGAAAAUUUACGGAUCCAUGCUGGCUGUUCCUGUGAAUCCGUAUACCGGUCAACCCAAUAACGGACCAACAAAUUAUCACUUAUGGUUUCAAAACACACCGAACAAUAUUAAAACGACAACUACGGAUUCAGGUAACGGUGUACCCGAUUUCAAACAGACCAAGUGCGGAGCUGGACCGACAAAAAUGCUGAGCUAUGACGAGCAGCGCAUAGUAGGGGGAACUGCAGCUGAGAAAAAUUCUUGGCCUAGCCUCGUAUCGCUGAGAUUAAACGGUCGGUUCUUUUGUGGGGGAUCUCUGAUUGCUCCACAUAAAAUCCUGACAGCCGCCCACUGCGUCGACAAAGUUUCAUCGACGGGAAUUAGACAAUUGACGGUAGAGCUCGGCAUGCACACAUUGAAUCCAAGCGAUGCCCAGGUAAAGAAAUCGGUCCGACAGAUAACAAUUCACAGAGGAUGGGACCCAAACACAAAUCGCAACGAUAUCGCCAUUUUGACACUUCAUUCACCCGUGACUUAUUCGAAAGACGUUUCGCCAAUAUGUUUACCUGCGGAAGGUUUAAACGAGCAAUUCGUCAGCAAAGAUGCGGCCAUCAUCGGAUGGGGGACAACGAAAUCAGGUGGUUCUUUACCGGAUGUUCUACAGCAAGCUACUGUUAAAGUUCUUAACAACGCAAAAUGCAAAGAAAGUUAUCCAAAAUUAGUCAACAGCAUGCUUUGCGCCGCGGCCCCUAGAACCGACAGUUGCCAGGGUGACAGUGGUGGGCCACUGUUAAUCCGAACGUCACCCGGGGGACCUUGGACACAGACUGGAGUCGUCAGUUAUGGAAUAGGUUGUGCCUUAGCGAAGUUCCCAGGUGUUUACACCAGGGUAACGUCGUUUAGACCGUGGAUUAAACAAUACGCAGGAGUCUAACCACGGAAUCUGUCAGCAAUAUUCAGAAAACUAACGAUUGUUUUAGACCACUCGCUAACGACUAACAAGCACAAAAAAAAAGCCAAAUCUAUUUCAUUGGGUUCAAAUUUCUUCAGAAUUGUUUUGGCUUGGAUGAAACAAAUGUUGAAUAAGGAAAUAUAGCCUACACCCAUAACCUGCAAA